GUUACGAAAAACACAUCCACGUGAGGUUGUAAACAAGAGAGUGGAUGAGGGGCGGCCAUUGUCCGAGCUCAAUGAUAUGAGGGUCCGCUAUUUUCCCCUGGCAGUGUUUGCCAGCGUCCUGUUCCUGUGUGAAAGCUACACCCUGAGGAGCUCGGUCUCCUGGGUCGUCUCCUCCAACGAUGUGGUGGAGGACGCGGACCUGUCCGAGGAGGUCGCCCCGGCGUUGCUGGUGGAGAGUGCGGGGCUGUGGAAGCAGGCUUACCCGUCCUCCAACGUCCUCGGGGACAGCGUGGAGAGCCCCGGGGAGUUAGUCAAACCAGAGAGCGACGAUGUGGCGCAGCUUUCCUCUCGCCUCUUUUCAUAUCGGUUGGAGAAGGUGAAGAAGUCCGGAAGCGGCAGUCCUCCUCCUCCUCCUCACCAGGAGACCGCCAGGACUGCCAGAUACAUAGCGCAUUACAGUGACUGGGGACAUCUGGCCACCAUUUCAACUCAAGACAAGAUCAAAGGUCUCCCCUUUGGGAACAUCUUCUCAGUCAGCGAUGGACCGCUGGACAACAGCACGGGAGUGGUCUAUUUUUAUGUGACUCCGAUGGACAACACCGUAUCAGACCUGAAAAGUAAUCCCUAUGCUUCUCUUACAUUCUCAGAGGCUGAGGGAGAGUUCUGCAGGCAAAUGAUGUAUGAUCCAGAGGAUCCAAGAUGUGCUCGACUCACACUAACAGGCAAGAUGGUGGAGGUGGCCCCAGAGGAGCUUGCAUUUGCAAAGGAAGCAAUGUUCUCAAGACAUCCCGUGAUGGCAAAGUGGCCAGUGGGACACAAGUGGUUCUUCAUGAAGCUGGAGUUGAUCCAGGUCUGGCUGCAGGACUGGAUCGGAGGCACGUCACUCAUUCCUCUGGAGGACUACUUUAAAGCUACGCCUUUCUGAGAAAAUCCCUCCCUCUGCAUCAUGUUAUAUAUAUAUAUAUAUAUAUAUAUAUAUAUAUAUAUAUAUAUAUAUAUAUAUACAGAUCAGUUCAGCUUCACACCACAGAUGUCACUCUAAUAAGGAGAAGCAAGAAUUCCCAGAGCUGCAAUGUGCUAAGAAUAUUUUCAAAAUCUUUUUCAAAUAUUGUUGCUAUUUUAACUUUAGAAAGUGAAUAUUCUUCACUUUUCCUCUUUUGCUCCUCCACUUGGCUUGCCACACAAAAUCAGUACCUGCAUUUGGUUUGUGAAUGUAUUUAAAGUCAAUAAGCUAGUUAUAUUUAAUGGUCACAAUCAUUGCAGCUAUCAUAGAAAUUUCUAUGAUAUUUAGUAUAUUCUUUAUAAACAUUUUGAUUUCGACAUUUUAAGGGUUUGCAUUAAAAUAUUUGUGCUGUUUGAAAAAAUAAAUGAAUGUUAGCACACAA